AUGGAAAAGCUUGAAUUUGAACCAUCCACAGAUUUAAGCAAAAUGGGAAUUAGACGUAUGCGCAAAGAUGAUUUAGUUCUAGUUUCUUCCUCAUCGCGUGGUUCAAGAUCUCCAGAAAAUUUUCAAAUGCAAUUUAAACAAAUCCGUCUAUCAUCCGCUGUUAAACAAGUUUUAUCUGUUGCAGUAGAUUUGACAGGAUUUCGUGUCUUGUGUGACUCAAAUGCCUCGUCAUUGGGUCGUCUUCUAAAUUUAAAUGAUUUACAAAAUCGUCUAUUCGGUGAUGAUGGCUCUAAAACUGAACAAAUCGAGUGGUCUUCCACAGGAUGUUACUACUAA